GGUGCAAGGUCUCCCUCACCUCUGGCUCCACUAUUUAAACCCAUUGGAUCGGUCUGAUCAGCCUCCUCAUUAUUCUCUCUCUGUAAUUUCUUCCAAAGCUUGCGUUCGAAUCUCUCUCUCUUUCUCUCUCUCUUUCUCUCUCGGUUCGAGCUCAUCAGGUCUAUGAUCAUGGGUUCAAAUUCAGUUGUGGAUAUGAUAGAGGCCUCCUCAGGGGUUCAUUUUUCUGGAUUUCAUAUGGAUGGCUUAGAGCAAAGACAGAAGGUGGAGCAACCGACAACCUCAGCACAUGAAAACAUGCAUAAGCAGCCUUUUGUUAUUGGGGUUGCUGGCGGGGCAGCUUCUGGUAAGACGACAGUUUGUGAUAUGAUUAUACAGCAGCUUCAUGAUCAGCGGGUUGUUCUUGUUAACCAGGAUUCUUUUUAUCAUAAUCUGACUGAGGAGGAACUUAAACGAGUACAUGAAUACAACUUUGACCAUCCUGUUACUCGAUUGACAGUCAAGUUUUGCUUACAGCUGUUCGAUGCCGUUGGAUGA